CUGGAUCUCAGCAGCGCUGCAGUCAAGAUUAAUGUUCACUUCUAACGAAAAUAGGAGAAAAUAAUCUGAGACUCACUUUCUGUUCCUCAACAACACACUGAGAUACUGAGUUCAGAAAUGUCUUCUGGCAGCAACCUGAGGUCUGAGGAUCAGUUUCUGUGCUCCAUCUGUCUGGAUGUGUUCACUGAUCCAGUCAGCACACCAUGUGGACACAACUUCUGCAAAGCCUGCAUCACUCACUACUGGGAGGCUAAUGUUCCCUACAAGUGUCCCCUGUGCAACGAGCUUUUCACCUCUAGACCUCAGCUGAGAGUCAACACCUUGUUUAGAGAGAUGGUUGCUCAGUUCAGACAUGAAGCUCAGCAGGAAGCCAGCAGCAGCAGCUCAGCUGCUAAACCAGGAGAAGUUCCCUGUGACGUCUGCACUGGAACCAAGCUGAAGGCCCUGAAGUCCUGCCUGGUGUGUCUGCUCUCCUACUGUCAGACUCACCUGGAGCCUCAUCUGACCACUCCACGUCUGAAGAAACAUCAGCUGAUGGAGCCUGUGGAGAACCUGGAGGACAGGAUGUGUCUGCAGCACGAUAAACCCCUGGAGCUGUUCUGUAGGACCGACCAGACAUGUGUCUGCUCGCUCUGUUCUGUUCUAGACCACAAGAACCACAAGUUUGUUCCUCUGAGAGAAGAAUGUGAAGGAAAGAAGGCAGAGCUGAAGAAGACCGAGGCUGAAGUUCAGAAGAUGAUCCAGAGCAGACGAGUGAAGAUCCAGGAGAUCAAAGAGUCGGUGAAGAUCAGUAAAGAUGCUGCAGACAGAGAGAAAGCAGAAGGUGUUCAGGUCUUCACUGCUCUGAAGGAGGCUGCUGAGAGAGGCCUGAAGAAGCUCAUCAAGGAGAUCCAAGACAAACAGAAAACUGCAGAGAAACAGGCUAAAGACUUCAUCAAAGAUCUGGAGCAGGAAAUCUCUGAGCUGAUGAAGAGGAGCUCUGAGGUGAAGCAGCUCUCACAGUCUGAAGACCACCUCCACCUCCUCCAAAGCUUCUCCUCCCUGAAAGCUGCUCCACCCACCAAGAACUGGACAGAGAUCAGAGUUCAUCCUCCAUCAUAUGAGGGGACUGUGGUGAGAGCUGCUGCUCAGCUGCUGGAGAAGAUGAAGAAGGAGAUGAAGAAGAAGCUGCUGGAGGCUGAUCUAAAGAGGGUCCAGCAGUAUGCAGUGGAUGUGACUCUGGAUCCUGAUACAGCUCAACCCUGGCUCAUCCUGUCUGAUGAUGGAAAACAGGUGAAACAUGGAGAUGUGAGGAAGAAGCUUCCAGACAAUCCAGAGAGAUUUUCUGAGUGUCCGGAUGUUUUAGGACAUCAGAGUUUCUCUUCAGGCAGAUUUUACUUUGAGGUUCAGGUUAAAGGAAAAACUGAGUGGACUUUAGGAGUGGCCAGAGAGUCCAUCAACAGGAAGGGAACAUUCGCUCUGAGGCCUCAGAAAGGUUUCUGGACUGUUUGGUUGAGAAAUAGAAAUGAGUACUCAGCUAAUGCUGAACCUUCAGUCCGUCUCCAUCUCCAGCCUGGUCCUGAGAAGGUGGGGGUGUUUGUGGAUUAUGAGGAGGGUCUGGUCUCCUUUUAUAAUGUAGAUGCUGCAGCUCUGAUCUACUCCUUUACUGCCUGCUGCUUCACUGAGAAGCUCUACCCAUACUUCAGUCCCUGUUUAAAUUAUGGAGGUAAAAACUCUGCUCCUCUGAUCAUCUGCUAAUCAGGAUGGUUUUAACUCUGAUGAAUAUGAACCAGAACCAGAAUCAGAACCAGAACCAGUUGAAGCUCCAUGAAUAAUGAACCUGUGGGUGGAGAACCUCCAGUCUGAGUGACUCUUAGGUUUUUGUAAAUACAGCCAUGUUAGUAAUCAAGGUGAGAGCAGACUUAAAAUUGUAGAUUACGUAAUAAUGUGGACUGUAGCAUCACCUCUGAUGUCAAGGUCCCGGUCAGUGAAACUACAGGUGCACAACCACUGAUGAUGUCAUGACCUCACCGCUGCUGCUGGGGGAAACUGCUGGUAGACGUGGUUUCAAUGUUCACACUCAGAGCUGUAAUACUUUUCAUUGUAACUCAGACAGGUGCAGUUCAUUUAAAAGAUGCCGUUUUAGCGAAUAAUCAGACAGAAACAGGGAAACCAGCAACUGGUGGUGGGGC